AUGGUAAUGAACCUGACGCCGUCGCGCUACUGCUGUAUCGCCCACGACUUUUUUUACACUACAAUUCGCACGGGUCACCAACCUUUACAGGACAUAGAGAUCAGGGUCGGGAAUAGCAGUGCCGAAUUGCAAAGGAACCCACUGUGUUCUUGGUUUCCAGGAACUAUCGAGGAAGGCACGACGAAAAUCCUUAGCUGCGCGCGUCAGAUAGUUGGACAGCACGUGUUCCUACAACUGGUAGGCGUCGAGGGAUCGCUGUCCCUAUGUGAAGUUGAAGUCUAUUCCACCGAAGAAUUUUCCAUCGAUCGCUGCGCGCCAGGCAGUUCAUCCGCGCAAACGGACGUGGCCGUUUUCGACAAUAAGUGUUACGAGUUCAACGUGAACCGGGGCGCGUCUUUUGCCGAAGCUCGGCAAAAAUGUCAGGCAACCAGCGGCGACAUCGUGUAUGGUUUCCGCGGGUCAUCGUCCACGUUUCUGGCCGCAGAGCUCGAGCGGCGGAAAUCCCGACUCAAAACCCAAUUGAUAUGGAUCGGUGCGCAAAAAGAACCUGGCCUUACAUCCAGGACGUGGAAAUGGGUCAACGGUGACGUGAUAACGAAACCUACGUGGGGAAAAGAUCAACCUAAUAACUACAACGGUGAACAGAAUUGCGUGGUGCUCGACGGAGGCCGUGAAUGGCUGUGGAACGACGUGGGAUGCAAUUUAGAUUAUUUACAUUGGAUUUGUCAAUACACACCGACCACCUGUGGGAGUCCCGACAUCAAGGUGAACAGUACGAUCGCCAGCCCGUAUACGUUUAAGGUGUCAUCGGUGAUUGAGUACGUCUGUCCGGAAGGGCAUGCCACACAGGGUUCGGCCAAGAGGACGUGCGGUUCUAACGGAUUUUGGACCGGGUCGGCGCCGACGUGCAAAUAUGUCGAUUGUGGGCCGUUGAACAGUAUAGAAAACGGCACCAUCACGUUGCAAGACAACGGCACGACGACGUUCAAAUCAACAGCCAAAUAUACUUGCAACCAGAAUUACAGUCUGUCAAAUGGCGACGCUAAGAGGACGUGUAACGAAGACGGAAAAUGGAGUGGACGCACACCGCAAUGUCUAUUCGACUGGUGUGGAGACCCGCCUGAAGUUCAAGGAGCAGCCGUCACCGCUACAGGUCGCAAAGCCGGAUCCGUUGCCGUCUAUUCGUGUCAUCAGGGAUUUGUGGCCGUCGGCGGACAACAGGAGUUGAAAUGCGGACUCGGAGGUGAAUGGUCCGGCAAACCGUUGGUGUGUCGGUUCGUGGACUGUGGACCACCACAAAUCAUCGAAAACGGACUGGCUUCGCUAGUAAACGGCUCCACAACGCACGGUAGCAUCGUCGAGUACACGUGCGAACAAGAUUACUGGCUACAGCCCCACACCAGCCGCCGACAGAUCUGUACUAAAGAAGCGAAAUGGUCCGCUGACCCACCCUCGUGCCAACUUAUCACGUGUCAAGAGCCCGAAGUGCCUACCGGAGGUUACGUAGUCGGCUAUGACUUCAAUAUCCACUCGAGCAUCGAAUACCACUGCGACCCCGGUCACAAAUUGAUCGGCACGACCACGUUGCAGUGCAACAACAACGGCGAAUGGAAUACGACACCGCCAGAAUGUCAAUACAUUGAUUGUGGUAAACUCACGCCGCCAGUUUACGGUACGUUACACUAUUCCAACGACUCCACACACCUCGACAGUGAGGUCAAAUAUAGUUGCAGUAACAACUACAGAUUGACCGGAACAGCGAUACGACGUUGUCUUGAAAAUCAAGCGUGGAGUGGGACCGCUCCGAAAUGCGAAGAAAUAAGAUGCCCGGAACCAAUUUUACCAGAACACAGUGUACUGUCGGUGACAGGUAACGAUCGUUUAUACGGACGGACUUUGAUAAGGACUUCAUCUGAUGCUGUUUCAACGUCUACGUACAAGAUAGGCGCUCUAGUAAAAUAUCGCUGCGAAAGAGGAUACAAAGUCGUCGGCGAACCGAUAAGUAAUUGCGACGACACCGGUUCGUGGACAGGCGUAAUACCACAAUGCGUUUAUGUCGACUGUGGAACUCCCGAGAGUAUCGACAACGGGAAAUUCAAUUUAGUAUCCAACGUUACGUAUUACGGUUCGGCGGUGUUGUACGAGUGCGACGAUCACUUCCAACUCGACGGACACGGCAGAAGAUUGUGUCUUGAAAACGGCACAUGGAGUUCGGAAACGCCAAAAUGUCAAGAAAUAAAUUGUGACGAGCUCAAGAGCGAAAACAGUCUCUCGGUGAGGGUGGCGUCGAGAACAGUCGGAGGAAUAGCGGAAUACACGUGUCCGCGAGGAUAUUUCACGAUAGACAACACUACGAGACAAUGUUUGCCAAAAGGAUCGUGGAGCGGGAGACCACCGACGUGUCAAAUGGUCGACUGUAAGCAUCCAGGCCCGAUCGAAAACGGUAGAGUCAUAAUAAUGAACGAUACCACGACAUACAACAGCGCGGCAGAAUACCACUGUGUACCUCAUUUCCAAAGAAUGGGUCCUUACAUGAGAAAAUGUUUGGACGACGCUCAGUGGUCAGGAGAACAACCAUAUUGCCAGUCCAUAAGUGCAGUAAUAAGUGACACCAGAACCUUAGGUCUAGCUGUUACUGUCGGAGGUGGCAUUGUUUUAUUCCUAGUCAUACUUCUUGCCUUAAUUUAUUUAAGAUUAAAACGGCCAACUCCAGUAAAAAAUACAGAAAAUGUAGAAGGAGCAGUACGCAAAGAAGAACAGAAUACAGCAGUCAUGUCAUACGCUUCAUUAAGUGAUGUACAGAAUCAUAUCUAUGAUUCGGUAACAGACUAUACAUAUGAUGAACCAAACAGCUACUAUGAGCCAUCACCCGUCUCUAAAGCAAAAUCAGACCACUCUGGAGCCACUGUAACAAUUAACGGCGUAGCUAUUCGAUAA